AUGCUUCUCGAACCCAUCGAUUCCGCCUUCUCGCCGGCCCGCUCCCUCUUCAAGCGCUGCAAGCAAUGUGAAACCUCAUCUCCCGCUUGUCCCUCAUGUCCCGAUGGAUCAAUAUGUACAAUGACCGCCCCGAGCUGUGAUGAAUGUGCGACCACAAAGUGCGUUUCAACCGGCUCCCCGUCCUCGAGCUCGGGGAGCUCCGACACUGGCGCUAUUGCCGGUGGAGUCAUCGGUGGUGUGGCUGCCAUCGCCCUCAUUGUGUUCUUGAUCUGGUGGUUCGUCAUCCGCAAGAAGCGCCUGGAGCGCCAGGAGGCGGAGAAGAACGGUUCAUUCGGCGCGGCUCGCAGUGAACGCCAGUCCAUCGCUUCUACAGUCCUAACCCGUGCCUCCAAUGUCAUCCAAAUCGCCUACAUUCCUGGUGUCACCAACCGUUCCCCGCCGCAGACCCCAUCUUCCCUCAUGCCACCAGUUCCACCGCUUCCCGGUGCGACACCCGAUCAACACUUCUUUAUGCCGGGUGACCUGCGUGACUCGUCAUGGACAACUACCACCGGCCACCAGAGCAUCUCCCCCACUUUGCGCAGCAGCGUGGCUACCACCAUCUACCGUAACGAUGCCAUCGUCAGUGCCAUGCCUGCGCAGCAGAUCCAGCGGACUCGUGCCGCCGUGGUGAGCAUUCACAACGGAGGAGCUGGGUCCAAUUCCCCUGGAGACGACUCGCCUGUUGCUGUCACGAUUACUCCGGCGGACGCACCGGCGGUCCCGGCUAUUACCCCGGCGCAACUCGCUCGGGCGGAGGCUGUCAAGGGCAAUAGUUCCUGUGUGGCUCGCAGUGUAACGGCAAAGCCGGUAAUGGUGCGUGGUCCUUCGGUCAAGAAGAAGCAACCCAACAACGCACCUGGUGCCGACCGGGUCGAAGAGCUGCCUGAGAAGAGUAAAAGCAACACACGUCGGGCGGUCUCAGCUACCAAUAGCGAUCACCCGAACCAAAAUAUUGACACAUCUGACGAGUCCUCAUCGGGCGAAGAUGACACUCGUCCAUCAUCCACCGCCAACCUGGAAACCGGUUCCUCGCAUCGCCAAAGCGAUUCACGUCGGGCUUCCGGCUUGAGUGAUGGACGCAAUCCGACGCCCCCCGUCCGGGUAGAAAGUCCAUUCUCGGACGCAAAUGAGGUGAAAUGA